AUGAGCGACCCCGUCGUUUUGCAAUCGGCAGUGCGAGUGCCUACUCCUCCACCUGGCGCCUCGUACUCUCCCCAGCCUUCGGCAUCACGAAAACGCUCUCCACCCUCUCGUUCCCCUUCGCCCAACCGUCGCCGGUCGCCGCCGGGCGACUCUUUCAACGAGGAUGGAGAUGCGCCGCGUAUCGAUUCGGAGCGUGCGAUAGAGCGAGAGCGCCAACUUGCCGAACGAGUCCGUCAACAUGAGAAGGAAGAGGCAGCACGAAAGCCGAUGACGGCGGAAGAGAAGCAGGCGUCGGCCAAGGCAGAAUAUGAGAAACUCACGAACAUGCGCUCGGGUGGCACCUAUAUCCCCCCGGCUCGACUGCGCGCGCUGCAGGCGCAGAUCACGGACAAGACCAGCAAGGAAUACCAGCGUAUGGCGUGGGAGGCUCUGAAAAAAUCGAUCAAUGGUCUCAUCAACAAGGUCAACGUUUCGAACAUCAAAUUUAUCGUUCCAGAGCUGUUCGGGGAGAACCUCGUGCGCGGCCGGGGUCUCUUCUGCAGAAGCAUCAUGAAGGCUCAGGCGGCCAGUUUGCCUUUUACUCCCAUCUAUGCGGCUAUGGCAGCCAUCGUCAACACGAAGUUGCCCCAGGUGGGUGAGUUGCUGCUCAAUCGCCUGAUCGUGCAGUUCCGCAAGGCAUUCAAGAGAAACGACAAGGCGGUGUGCAUAUCCUCGACGACGUUCAUCGCGCACCUGUGCAACCAACAAGUCGCGCACGAGAUGCUGGCCGCUCAGAUUCUCCUGCUGCUGCUUCACAAGCCCACGGACGACAGUGUGGAAAUUGCGGUCGGGCUGACCAGAGAGGUGGGACAACAUUUGGAGGAGAUGAGCAGCCCUAUCGCCUUAGCCGUGUUUGAUCAGUUCCGCAAUAUCCUGCACGAAGCCGACAUCGACAAGCGAGUGCAGUACAUGAUCGAAGUUUUGUUCCAGGUCCGCAAGGAUCGCUACAAGGACAACCCGUCGGUCAAGGAUGAGCUUGAUCUGGUCGAGGAGGAAGACCAAAUCACGCACCGCGUUGGCCUGGACGACGAGAUUGAGACGCAGGACAGCCUCAACAUCUUUAAAUAUGACGAGCAGUGGGAGGAACACGAAGAGGCAUACAAGAGUCUCAAGGCGGAGAUUCUUGGGGAGGGCAGCGACGAGGAAGACGAGGACGAUUCGGAUGAAAGCUCCGACGACGAAUCAGACGAAGACCAGAAAAUGGAUAUCAAAGACCAGAGCAACACGAACCUAGUCAACCUGCGACGAACAAUCUACCUGACCAUCAUGUCCAGUAUCGAUUUCGAAGAAUGUUGCCACAAGCUGAUGAAGAUCUCGUUGCCGCCCGGCCUCGAGCCGGAACUCCCGUCGAUGAUCAUCGAGUGUUGCUCGCAAGAACGAACCUACUCCAAGUUCUACGGCCUCAUCGGUGAACGAUUCUCAAAGAUCAACCGCCUUUGGUCCGACCUGUUUGAAGCUGCGUUCGCCAAGUACUACGACACCAUCCAUCGGUACGAGACGAACCGGUUGCGCAACAUCGCGCGCUUCUUCGGCCAUAUGCUCAGCAACGAUGCCAUCGGCUGGCAUGUGCUGUCGAUCAUCCACCUGAACGAGGAGGAAACGACAUCGAGCAGUCGUAUCUUCAUCAAGAUCCUCUUCCAGGAUCUCGGAGAGCACCUGGGCAUGCCGAAAUUGCACGAGCGCAUGAGAGACGACAUCCUCCGCACCAGCUUCGAAGGUCUCUUCCCGCUGGACAACCCGCGCAACACUCGCUUCUCCAUCAACUACUUCACUAGUAUCGGCUUCGGUCUGCUGACGGAAGACAUGCGUGAAUAUCUCAAAAACCUUCCUAAACCCACCGUUCCUGCUCUUCCUGCGCGCGCUGCCAGCCCAUCAGACUCGGGCUCGGUCAGAUCUCACUCCACCUGUUCCACCUGCACCGGCCGCUCGCGCUCGCGCUCGCGCUCCGUUUCAUACUCCCGCUCUCCGUCGCGCACCCGUGGUCGUGGACGCUCGGUCAGCCGUGGACGAUCUUACAGCCGCUCCGUCUCGGGCUCUUCUCGGCGGAGCUACAGCUACACGCCCUCGCGGUCCCGAUCUCCCGUAUCGAAAAGCCGUCGACGCUCCGUUUCGUACAGUCGGUCUCGCACACCACCCCGACGCACUCGCGCCCGAUCCUACGACUCCCGGUCGUCACGGAGCGCGAGUCCGUAUUCGGCUCGCCGGUCAGCGUCUCGCUCUGUCUCGCCCCCUCGCACUCGUGGUGGCCGCAAAGAUCGGAGUCUCUCACGGUCCGUAUCGCGGUCUCCCUCCCCUCCUCGACGUGGCAAUGCCAGACGCUACUCCUCGGCGUCUCGCUCGCCUCCACCCGCCGGCAAGCGCCGCGUUGCCAGUCCGUCCGCGUCGCGUUCGCCUCCGCCAGCUCGCCGCCCCCGAGAUGCCUCGGUCUCUCGCUCCCCUCCGCCACGAUACGGACGAGGCAGAAGAUACUCGGACUCUCGUUCUCCGUCCGGAUCUCGCUCGCCUCCUCCGCGUCGAGCCAACAAAAACCGAUCUCGCAGUCCGUCUCGUCGGCCUCGAGCUGCGGAUUAUUCCUAA